AGCUGAAAUGACAGUAAAAAUUCAUAUUAUCAAGUGACAGGACAUCACAUACGAUUUGAAUUUUUUUAAACAAACAUAUUAAUUCUUUGUUUUUAAAUAUACAAUAAUUAUCCCGAUUUAUAUAUACAAUCUUAAGAGAACAUAACCAUGUUAAACGAUGUACCAAAAAGAUUAUCACGAAGCUCUGAAACAACUGAGGUUGAUGUUCGCGAAGAUGAAGAACAAAAAAAGAAAUUUCAAGAUAUUAUUGAUUUACUUUUAGCAGCAGGCUAUUUUCGAGCUAGGAUAAAAGGAUUAUCAAACUUUGAUAAAGUAAUUGGUGGAAUGACCUGGUGUAUAGAAUCAUGUAAUUUCGAUGUAGAUAUCGAUUUAUUGUUUCGAGAAAAUCUUACUAUAGGCCAAAAAAUUUCAUUAACCGAAAAAAUCGUGGCUAUGCUACCCAAAAUGAAUUGUCCAUAUCGCAUAGAACCACAUCAAAUUCAAGGUUUAGAUUGUAUUCAUAUUUUCCCCGUCAUUCAGUGGUUGGUAAAGCGUUCCAUGGAAACUCGAGAGCAAACGGCAGAUUUUGUGCGAUCGUUUGCUUUAAGUCAGUUUAAUAAGAAACAUUCUUUUUCUGAAGAUUCAUAUACAACACAAGUAGUUAAAGAAAAUUUAAUAAAAAAUAUUCAAUUGAUUACGAAAUCAUAUGAACCUCGACGUCUCUUUAAACAAAAAGAUGGUGCUAAAAAAGAAGAAUCUACUAAAUUCCUUAGCACUGUUUUGGAAUAUGAAGCACCUUUGUAUUCUAUAAAAAUUGCUACUUCGCCGACCGAAACUAUUUCAAGUGAUCUUAAAGAAGAUGAGAAUAAAGAAAAAUUAAAGGAAAAAGAAAAUACAGAACAAUUAGCUGGAAAUUUAGCUGCUAUUGAAGAAAAUUCAACUCGUUUAAGCGUAACGGCAGUAGGCAAUAUUGUUGGCAUUCAAGCUCAAGAGAUUGCUAAAGUAGCUGAAAAGUAUGCGACGAUGUCGACAUCUGAAAUCGAGGAAAGUGGUGGCACAAAUUCUUCAGCAGCUUUGACUACAUUAGAAAAUCAAAAGGUCAUGCUUCAAAAUCGUGUUCGUAAAUUAAUGAAAGAAAGAGACAUCUUAUCUGCUAAACAUUUAGAAUUGAUUGAAAAAUUAAACGAAUCUCGUGCAAAACGUGAAGAUAUUGAACGUUCAUUAAAAAAGGCACAAGAAAUGGAUAUCAAUGAAAAUGAUAGUAUCUAUAAACGUUUGGAAGAACUUCUUUUAGUACAUGAUGGUUUAAAAGAACAGGAAUUUAAUUUUCGAGAACAAUGUAAAUCUGAUUUAAAUCUAUUGAAAAAUAAAUUGCAAGAAAUCGAAAAUGGUACAUCUGAAGAAGAAGAAGAUCGUUUAAAGGAAUAUGAAGAGCAAAAGGAAGCAGUUAUGAAAGUUAGAUUACAAUUAGCCAAAAAGAAUAGAGCUAUUGCCUCUUUAACUAGACAAUUGGAUGAUGUUCCUGGUCGUUCAGAACUUACGCAAUACCAAAGACGAUUUAUGGAACUAUAUAAUCAAGUUUCGGCAAAGCAUAAAGAAACAAAACAAUAUUAUACAUUGUAUAAUACUCUCGACGAUACGAAACUUUAUUUAAGUAAAGAAUUAUCAUUACUAAAUUCGAUCCAAGAUAAUUAUAAUGAAGCAAUGGCAUCAACAAGUGGCAAAGAGGAAUUUCUUAAACAAUUCGAAGCAAUCGUCGCAGGUGUUAAACGCAAUAAGACAAAGGUAGAAAAACGAUGUGCUGAUGAAAAAAACAGGAGAGAUGCACUCAGCCGACAACUGGUUACUCUAAUAGAACAACAACGCAAAUACGUUGCUGCGGUCAGGCAACUCACUAUUGAAUGUCGUAAAAAUGAGGCCUUGCUCGCACAAUUGCGUGGAAUGGAUAUGUCAUUUGAACAAUACAAUAAUCCUUAAAGUUGAGAGCAAGACUGCGAGGAAGAAAUAAGAUAGCAACUUCUAUUUAUGUUCAUACUAUGUAUACAUCAUUAAUAUAUAUUAAAUUUUUCUUAUUUUAGAUACAUAUUCGAGAGAAUAAUUUGUUGUGAAAUUAAAAAAAAAAUUUAAGAUUGAACCAUUCCUUUAUUCCUUACAAUAUUACUUUUAUAUAAGAAUAUAUGAACUUAAAAUAA